ACCACUUGUAUUAUUGAUCUUUUGUCCCCUUUUUGCUCUCUUUUCUGCCACUUUCUUCUUCUUCACAGUUUCCCAGAUACAAUUAUUCAUUUUUGAAUAGCAGGUUUGUACAAAAAGAUUGAAUAUUUAUUUUACUUUUUGUGGGCUUGUUGGAUAUAUUUAAAGGUUUUUGAAGAAGCUUAAGUUUUUAAUAUCUAAAACAUGGGAAAUGAGCCUCCAUUUUCUGCAGCAAAUGGUCCUCAAGAAGGUUCUAAUUAUGAUGAAAUAUUCAUGCAGCAUAGCUUGCAAUUCUCUGAUAGUUUAAAGGACUUGAAGAAUUUAAGGAAACAGUUGUACUCUGCUGCUGAAUACUUUGAGUCUUCUUAUGGGGAAAAUGAACACAAAACAUUAGUGAUAGAGACUUUGAAAGAUUAUGUGAGUAAGGCUCUAAUUAGUAGUGUGGACCAUUUGGGCUCUGUGGCAUGUAAAUUAAAUAGCUUCUUGGAUGAAAAGGUAGAUGAAUUUUCUACAACCAAGCUUCGAUUCUCAUGCAUGGAACAGAAAUUGCAAACAUGCCAAGAAAUUGUUGAUCGAAGUGGCCUCUUGCAACAAUCUUUGAUAAUUCUGACUCCAAAGCAACAUAAGCGUUACAUGAUUUCAGCUGCAGAGACACAACCUGCAGUGCCAAAACCAAGACCAAGAAAUAAGGAACACAACUUGUGUCCUCAAGAUGACUUGCAGGUGCCUAAGAAUGGUGAUUGUUUUCCUCAUCCUUUUCAAGCUCUACCAUCUAAACAAAAGUACAUGAAAAGGCCUCCCAAGAUUUCAUGGACAGAUGCUUCUCCAAAUCCUCUUAACUUCUCAUUUACAAGGGUUGCCUCCACCAAAGAAGUUGGGAAAAGAUCAGUUUCACCACUUAAAUUUGGUCUCAACCGUUCUGGAUCCGUCAAUAGAUCAGUUUCUCCUCUGAUGCGUUUUGGAUCAGCCGUCAGAAGAUCAAUUUCUCCCAGCACUUCUAAUAUUAGACAGAGGUGUCCAUCUGAGCCACGGAGGGCGAUUUCAAUGUCCAUAAAUCCGGAAAGAAACAGUGCAAAGGAUAUGCAAAAUUACGCCAGAAAGAGUAAGAAUUUACUAACAGCUUUCCUCAGCCGUCAUGGUCAUGGUCAGGGAUCAAGAAAGGCAGGUAUACCUUCCAAAUACCACGACGAUAGAUGAUGAAAUCAGGAAAUAGAGAUAUCGUCGAGUUUUCCCGAGCUAAAAAUCAGUGCUUUCAUCAAUUGAUGGUAUCAACUACGUAGAAAAAGUAGGACAGGUUACAAGUAUAUGGGAACAUGGCUUACUGCAUGAGCAAAGAUAUGAAAAUGCAGGUAGAAGAAAGUUUGGAAACUCUGUAAAAUGUAUACUAUGUCGUUUCCAGGUUUAUGCCAAUGAUCCCUUUCAGAAAUGAUAAUUCUGAAUAAUAAGAGAAAGAAAAACGAAAAGAUUGUAUGUACAAUGGUGCUUAAUCAAAGAAUAAUCGAACGAAUAAAGAGCAAUGUAAUUGAAAGUUCAUUGCCUUCA